GCAGCAUAUGAAGCGGGUGCACGCGCACCGUGUGAUCAUAUAGCACCCAAUUCAGCAGCUGGUUGCAGCAGAGAACAUUUAACAAACAGACCGACAUACCGGACCGAACCUUACCGAACAUGAUGGAGUGGCAACCAAUGGAGAUCAACCCGGAGAUGCUGAACAAGGUGCUCAGUGGGCUGGGUGUGUGUGGUAGCUGGCGCUUCGUGGAUGUGUUGGGCCUGGAGGACGAGGUGUCUUCAGUACCGACUCCCUGCUGUGCUCUCAUGCUACUCUUCCCCCUGACACAACAGCAUGAGUCGUUCCGGCAGCAGCAGGCUGGGAAGGUGUCGGGGGCUCCAGGCCUCUACUUCCUGAAACAGACGGUGGUCAACUCCUGUGGCACUGUGGCUCUGCUGCACGCAGUUGCCAACAACCCCACCCACAUAGAGUACGAUGGUGACUCUGCUCUGAAGAAGUUUCCUGAUGGGGCGGCUGACAUGACCCCCGCUUGAGCCACACACCUGGAGAACAACCAGGCCAUCAGAGAGGCUCAUGAUGAAGUGUCGGCACAGGGCCAGUGCAGGGUGGAGGCAGAUAAAGUGAACUUCCAUUUUAUCACCUUCGUCAAUGUGAAAGGACAGCUUUAUGAGCUGGAUGGUAGGAUGGAGGGACCGGUGAACCAUGGAACCACCAAGGAUGACUCCUUCAUCAAGGAUGCAGCCAGGGUGUGUCGGGGUUUUGUGGAGAGAGGGGAGGGAGAGGUCCGCUUCUCUGCUGUAGCUCUCUGUCACACCUAAAGACCCAGGACACACUUGCACCACACACACACUCUCUCUCACACACACACACACGCACACACACACACACACACACACACACACACACACACACGCCCGGUAUGCACUGGAAACAUACCGUUUGCACUCUGCCCACACACUCCGCAGCACACAUGCGUAGAUAGUAGUUUGCACAAGCCUGGUGUAUGUCAUGAUGAUGUCACGACUGAUGUACUUUGUCUGCUGUACUCUGUUUAUUUCUACGUCAGAUCUCACCACUGCUAGACUGUCUUAAUCUGGAGACAUGGAACGGAUAAGUGCCUUUAGUGGCAAAACGAGUGAAAGAGAGAGAGAAAGGGGGGGGGGGACUGAGGAGAAAGGAGUGGAGAGAGGCAGUGAGGUGUUCUAAGGAGGUUAUUGCAGCAGUCAGGAGUGCACUACGUCUGGUUCUCCAAGAGAAAGGAGUGCACUACGUCUGGUUCUCCAAGAGAAAGGAGUGCACUACGUCUGGUUCUCCAAGAGAAAGGAGUGCAUUACGUCUGGUUCUCCAAGAGAAAGGAGUGCACUACGUCUGGUUCUCCGAGAGAAAGGAGUGCACUACGUGGGGGAAAGGGAGCCUUUUGAGCUGCAGCCUGUGAGAUGUCAGUGAUUUUUAAGGCUUCCUGUUUUUCUGCUGCCUGACCCUGACCCUGACCCCGACCCUGACCCUGACCCCUGACCCUGACUCCUCAGUUCUCUGCUCUGUUUCUAACAGCUGUUACAACGUCAGACUACAACGUUAGGAUGACGUUGUUACUACGUUAGGAUGACGUUGUCAGGAUGACACUGUUACUACGUUAGGAUGACGUUGUUACUGUGUUAGGAUGACGUUGUUACUACGUUAGGAUGACGUUGUCAGGAUGAUGCUGUUACUGUGUUAGGAUGACGUUGUUACUGUGUUAGGAUGACGUUGUCAGGAUGACACUGUUACUACGUUAGGAUGACGUUGUUACUACGUUAGGAUGACGUUGUCAGGAUGACGUUGUUACUGUGUUAGGAUGACGUUGUCAGGAUGACACUGUUACUGUGUUAGGAUGACGUUGUUACUGUGUUAGGAUGACGUUGUUACUACGUUAGGAUGACGUUGUCAGGAUGACACUGUAACAAUGUUGUUGGCUGUGCUUUGCCUUUCUGCCUCUUCCUGUUCUAGUGCUGCUGUCUGCCAAUAAACCAAACUACACACA